CUCUUUCUCGUCUCUUUCUCUUCUUUUCUCUCUCAUAUCCUCUUGCUCCCACCCUCAUAAUCUCCCUUUAUCACUAACAAUCCUUUUACUCUUCAUAAAUCAGAUCUUCCCUCUAUUUCCUUAACUUUUUAGGCUUCCAAACCAGCCAUGAGCAUAACAGAAGAGCUCUCAAAGCUAGAGACAUCAGACGCGUCUCUUUCUCAGCGUCUGGUCCAGUCCUGGAAGAGAAAGCUCAACGUUUCUCGAGAGCCUGAGCUCCUCUCUGAACUGAUAGACUAUCAAUUAUCGACCCAGUCUAAACCAGCUCUUAGGAUACUACUAGGCACCAAGGACCUUUAUUCACAUGAUUUCUUUGCAAAGAUCAACGAUUGCUUGCAUCGCCAGUCAACAUGUCUCCAGUCUUUAAGACUACUCUCUCACAUGCUGAUCGGACAAACCAGCUGGCUAUACAAGAUAGUCCAUUCUGCUGCUUUUCCCACUCUUCUAAAAUUACUUAGGCCCAUUCAUUCUAUCAGUAUCAUCACUAGUUCUGUGUAUCUGUUGUGUGCGUUAAUUCCAUUGAAUCCUUAUCACGUGACACCGCAUCUACCCGAUAUAUUUGAGAGUUUCACGCUACUGGCAACUUUGAACUGUGGAGGAGAAAAUAAAGUAUCAGAAGAAGUCUUACUGUCUGUUCGAGUUGCAGUCUAUUUCCUUUUCCUUCAACUCUACUCUCUCUACCCUUGUUCAUUUGUACAGUAUCUUAAAGGAAGGUUUGGCCCAACUGGUGAAGUACACAUUUAUCAAGAAUACAUUGCACCAUUAUUUCAAUAUGUCCAGCUCCAUCCCAACCUUAUUGUUGAACUACCUUCACAGGAAACUCAAAGAACAAAAUGGAGUUCGAAGGAUCCUAGUGAAAUUGCUACUCUCUCACUGUCCCUCUGUGUUGAUCCUUGCCUUGUCUCUAAGAAUGAAAACUAUGACAGUAUCUCGUGUAAAAAUACUUCUACACUAAGAGGUGAGUGUAGUUCUUCAAUGCUACAGUUACCAUCAGACCAGAGGUACUGUGGUGCACUGUCAAGUAAUGAACUAUCGGAAAUGUCCAGUCCUUCCCUCGUCUUUACUCAAGUGGCCCCUCCCCCUAGCAACACACCCGGCAGCCAAUCGAGUCGUACCAGUUUACCCGUGUUGCCCUUAGCCACAGGAGCACAGGGCGGAGCUUAUUUCGACUCUCUCUCUCAGUCUCCCACUCCACCAAGAGAAGAGGAGAGAAGGAGAACUGAUUGUACUAACUCGUUAAACUUGCAGUCGGUCAGUAACUCCGCCCAGCCUUUCUCUCCGCCUACUGUACACGUAUCUUGUCCCAGUGUGGAAGAGACUGUACUACUAGCAUCACAAAAACUUCAAAAAAUAGCCGAGUCACAGGAAAGUCCUCAAAAAGUUCCUAAUCAAGACAAAGAAGGUUUUCCUCUUGCGUCUAUAAAUAACACUAGCACAGGUCCACAGCUGGUAGCUAGAACAGUGCUUAAAGAGAAGAGAGAGAAUGUGUUGAAUGGCUCAGCCUCCAUUUUAACUCAUUCUUCUUCACCUCUUGAGGCAUUAGAUAUAUUUAUACAAACUGGUUUAGUUCUUCACAAAUCAAACUCUAAUAAAAGUGAUGGCCUCUCCCUCUCUGAUCUAGAGGCUAUGGAUUGGGAUCAUUUCGGUUGCUGUCCUCACGUUGAAGAACUGAGGGUUCUCAGUCAGUUAUUGUCAUCGCUGCAUAGUCAGGUCCUCUUUGAGAGGUACCAGUGUCAGAGUCAUGCUAAGAGAAAUAGGAGAUUGAUGAGACACCUGCUCCUUGAAGAACUCUAUCAUCAACAAAAACUCUCACUAUCGACUCUCCGUAGAGAAAAUGUACACACACAACAAACUAAAGAACUGAAUGAAUCACUGGUCAAAGAAAAAGAAGGUGCAAGUAAUUCAGUGUCUGUCCUAAGAAGAGAAGUAGCAAAGCUUCAGAUGCUAUUGAAGGAUAGAGAGACUGACAUUAAGAACAAGGAAGGACAGAUAGCAACUUUGAAGGAAAGCCUGUGGAAAGCACAAGAGAAAUAUGUAGAAAAAACAAAGAGUUUAGAGUCCAAGUAUCAGUGUAUCAAGAACAUUAACCAGGAGCUAGAGGAAUCACUGUUCUCCUUUAAGAACAGACCAGUCCAUCGCUCUAGGCAUCACAAACGAAGUGAGAGUUCUCACCUCUCUCAUUCGGUCACACCCACUAACACUGGAAAUGUAACACCUACUAUGUAACAAUAUAGGCAGGAGCC